AUGGCUAUAGCCACGUUACCGCUGAGCCGUACCUUUUCAAGGCGCUUCUGGCAGUCGAGUUGUCGACCUGGUGCGUCGAUAUGGCUACCUCGAGCGUCUCUGCUAAGGAGGCACUCAACAGCAGUGCCUGAUGGGAAUGCAGAAGAUCUCAAUCGGACAAGAAACAUUGGGAUAAUAGCGCACAUCGAUGCUGGGAAGACAACGACUACUGAACGAAUGCUGUAUUAUAGUGGUUUUACUCGAAGAAUUGGUGACGUGGAUGAUGGCUCUACUGUGACGGAUUUUCUGCCAGCCGAGAGAGCUCGAGGCAUCACGAUUCAGUCUGCUGCAAUUACUUUCCAUUGGCCUCCGCAGCAAGAGGAACUAGCCAACAGUUUAACUCUAGAGGAUGUGACCAAGAAAGGGUUGCCAAGAUCCGCUGUUUCUCAUACAAUUAACUUGAUUGAUACCCCUGGCCAUGCCGAUUUUACCUUUGAGGUCCUACGAUCACUUCGAAUUCUGGACGGAGCGGUUUGCAUCUUAGAUGGUGUUGCUGGAGUUGAAGCGCAGACCGAACAAGUUUGGCGUCAAGCGUCGACCUACGGCAUUCCUAGGAUUGCGUUUGUCAAUAAACUGGACCGAGAAGGUGCCGCGUUUGGCAGGACUGUAAAGGAGAUUGGAGCCCGUCUUGGAGGCUGGCCAGCAGUCUGUCAGAUUCCCUGGUUUGAAGGCGGUGAUGCAAAACUGCAGGGAGUUGGAGACGUUAUAUCACUACAGGGGCUGCUGUGGGAGCUUGGAGGAGAUGGCAAAAGAAUAUCUGUUUCGAACCUAGAUGCGCUGGAGCAGUCUGACAGGCAGUUCGUAGAAGAGUUGAAAAAGGCCAGAAUUGCACUAGUUGAGCUUCUGAGUGAACAUGAUGAUACAAUGGUGGAAAAUUUUCUGGAGCAUGACGAAGACCAUCUAGCAGUCAAGCCUAUAGAGAUACUUGAGAGUGUUCGCCGCUGCCUGCUUGGAGACGCUGAGAACAAAAUCAUACCUACCUUUGCGGGAGCCAGCUUCAGAAAUAUUGGUGUUCAGCCACUACUUGAUGCAGUAGUGAACUUACUUCCCAGCCCCUUGGAGCGACCAGAACCGGAGAUUAGCAUCAACGACACCAGGUGCGGCUUGAAAGAAUACCUUGACGGUAAAACUGCGGUAGGAACAUCAUCAGGCGGCCAAAAGGGGAAGAAAGGAGUGGUCCCAAAAUCAAAACCCGCGACAUCUCUUCAAAAGCUCGAGGCUUGCGCGCUCGCAUUUAAGGUCGUCAGCGAUGCCAAAAGGGGCGUCCUUGUUUAUGCGCGUGUUUAUUCAGGAGUAUUGCAUAGGAAUGCGUUACUAUUCAACACAAACCUCCAGGUCUCUGAACGGGUACCUCGUCUCCUCAAGAUGUAUGCCUCGGAUGCUGUUGAACAGGAAUCUGUAUCUGCUGGCCACAUUGCUGUCUUUGUUGGGUUGAAAUAUGCCCGAACGGGAGACACACUGAUUUCAUACUCUGGUAAUAAGCAGAGCCCACCGGAGCCCUUGAACACACUACAACUCCGCCCUAUUAACGUGCCUCCUCCCGUGUUCUUCUCUAGCGUUGAACCUCACAGUCUCAGCGAGGAGAAGAACCUACAGGCUUGCCUGGCGCUCCUUUUACGAGAAGACCCUAGUUUACGAGUCACGCUCGAUGAAGACUCUGGCCAGACCCUGCUCAGUGGCAUGGGCGAGCUUCACCUUGAAAUCGCUCGUGAUAGACUAGUAGGUGACUUUAAGGCAAAGGCCUCUAUGGGGAAUAUUGAAAUCGGGUAUCGUGAAUGUAUCACCGGGACAUCUUCGACGGCCUCAAAGAUAUUUGAUAAAGAAAUUGCAGGGAGAAAAGGAAAAGCAGGAUGUGAAGCCAUUGUCCAACCCCUUGCUGAAGAGGAGGAGCUGCAGCAAAGCACUGAAGGCCACGUCUAUACACAAACUGUGGACGGCAAUCGGAUCACGGUUGAGCUACCCAACAUUGGGGACAAGAAGGGUAAACAAGCAGAUGACAUGUUCCCAGCGCACCUGUCGAUUGACAUGGUUAAAAACGCCAUUCUCGCCGGUGGCCUAGCUGCCCUCGCUCGUGGACCAAAAUAUCAAUUCCCUCUUCACGGUGUUGAGGUUAAGCUUACAUUCGACCUUGAACAACACCUAUUUGGGACAGAGACAACCGCCUCCGCCAUUUCGGCGGCAGCAAGGCUUGCUACGCAAACUGCGCUGAGAGAAGUAUCGUCUUCAUCAGGACUGAUGGAACCCGUCAUGAACGUCACUAUCAGUGUUCAGGAAUCGGCUCUAGGCUCCGUGGUGCAUGACAUCUCAUCCUCGCGAGGGGGACAUGUUGUUUCACUUGAUGAUGAUGCCUCUUCAUCAUCUACGGAGUCAGAGGAAUCGAACAUCAUUGAUGUGGCUAAGAUCUAUGCCCCGAGGGACCCGUUCGAGCCAUCGUCGAACGAGAGUGCGUCGACAUCUCUAUCAGCAACGAACCAAUCUAGAACCAUAUCCGCAAAGGUCCCGUUGAAGGAAAUGGUGGGAUAUUUGAAACAUCUAAGAAGUAUCACCGGCGGUAGGGGUACUUUCGUCAUGAGCGUUGAUAGAUUUGAGAAGAUGGGCAGCCAGAGAGAGAAGGCUAUAUUGGCUGAGAUACGAGGGAUUUAA